GCUGCAGACAGACUACUCCACUCCACUCCAGGAAGAAGAGCAAAGAGAAAGUUCUCCAGGAUUUGGGCACGCAGGAGAAGGACAAGAAGUUUCUCUUCCUCGAGGAGGCCGACAUCGCAGACAUGACUUUCCAGCCCAGCUACGACAGCAACAUGCUGUUCCAGACCAUCAACGACGACCUGAACGCAUCGCUGGCCACGGCGGACGAGUUGUCCAAAGAGUUCAACACCCUGCUGCACAAGAACACACAGGUCCCCCCACAGCGGGCGUCUGGUAGUUGGAGUAACGUCAGCCCCGCCCUAGUUCCUCACACGCCCAGCACAGCAAGCCUCCACCAGAUGGACCCAAAGGGCUCCAUCAGCAAAAGUGCACCAACCACCCCGGCGUCCUCCGUCAGCCCGCUCUCCUCCCCGAAGAUCAGCAGGGCGCACUCCCCCCACCCCAGGGGCGUCCCCGACAGCCUCUCGUACCGCCAGAUGAGCCCCAAACAGUCGCCUGGCAGCCCCAGGCGCAGCUUGCCGGCGCACUAUGACAGGAGCCCCCGCGGCUCGCUGGGCGGCACGGAGAGGAGUCUCUCCCCUGGCCCCGCCCCCAUCUCCCGCCUGAGCCCCUACGACGGCGGGCAGGUGGGUCGCAGGUCGCCGAGGGCCGACAGAUGCCCCUCCCCUUUAUCUUUUCAGCAAUCCCCAGCCGACACGCUCCAGAGACAGUUUGUCUCCAGGAAGUCUGACGAAGGUGUGCAGAGGCACAAGAGCCAUGGCAAGUGGAACGAGACAGAUCUGGACAUGUCCUACGAGAGCAAGCCUCACCACACCUAUGACAAGACCGAGUGGGUAAGAACCUCGCUGCCAAACAGCAACUGGAGAGAGUCCAACCUGGACGGCCCUUCUCCAGCAGCCACCCUCAAAAAGAAUCCCCCUCGCUCUCAACCGCCCCCGUUUUCCCACGGUUCCCUCGCUCGGAACACUCGGGUGGCCAUACCUCCCGACAUUGCAUCCUCGUCCCAGCUGCACCAGUACAGCCCUCAGCCUAUCAUCUCCCGCAUUUCCAUCCCACCCGCAUCCGCUCAGUCCCGUCAGCGCAGGCCCAUCCCGCUCUCCGUCAUCAUGCGUCUCCAGAACCCUCAGUGGGGCGCCAUGGCCAUCCACCACCCCGGGAUGCCCGGGGAACCCCGCGAGAUACCCUACCAGCUCGGCGUGUCCCGGAACUUCUUCAAGCAGGCGGGAAUCCAGCCGCCGCCGCCGCCACCCGAGCUGAGACAACCAGCGAUUUACAGCGACGCACUGAACCCGGGUGAUAUCGAUGCAGAACUGGGCCGACUGGACCUGGUCUAUCACAUGCCGAUGAUCAGAGAGGGCGAGCCGAGCAUGCAGGCCCCUCCGCGGCCCCUCAGCCCUACCAGGCUGCAGCCUGUUGUGGCCCCAGAUGCCCAGAGCCAGGAGAUCCCGGAUCUGGAGGAGGUGCUCCGCCUCCGGGCGGAGAUCCCCCGGCCCCUGAAGCGGCGGGGCUCUGCGGAGCAGAUGCGGCCCCUGAAGAAAGCCUCCCACUACGAGCCUAACCAGUACAAGCACCUCAUCAACAAGAUGUUCCAGCGCAAGAACCGCCGUCCCAAGGGCGAGCGGGGGAGUGAGAGUAGCAGCUCGUCGGAUGGCGAGGACAACGGCGUCGUUCUUCCUCCGCCACAGGCCCCCCAGCCCCUUUCCCCCCUGGACAACAAAUCCUGUUUCCCUUUCCAGAACUACCAUUCCAUCCUGCGGCGGUCCAACCGGGAGCGCAAAGGGGCCGGGAGACGAGCUCGCCUGAGCCCGCUGGUCCUGGCGCUGGACGGGGCGCUGGUGGGCGAGCUGGAGACGGUGCAGCGAGCCGUACAGGAGAUGCAAGACCCGAGCCAGCCUAACGACGAGGGCAUCACCGCCCUUCACAACGCCAUCUGCGGCGGCCAUUACAAGGUGGUGGACUUCCUGGUCCGUAUCGGGGCCAACGUCAGCUCACCAGACAGCCACGGAUGGACUCCGCUCCACUGUGCCGCCUCCUGCAACGACCGCCCCUUGUGUGAGUUCCUGGUGAGAAACGGCGCGGCGGUCAUGGCCAUGACGGAGAGCGACGGCGCCACCGCCGCCCAGAAGUGCGACCCUUACGCCAUUGGCUUUGAGGAGUGCGAGAAUUUCCUGAGAGGCGUGGAGGAGGCCAUGGGCAUGGAGAACAGCGGCGUGCUCUACGCUCUGUGGAGCUACCCGGCUCAAGCGCCCGACGAGCUGGGCUUCCGAGAGGGCGACAUGGUCACCAUCCUGCAGAAGAAGGAGGCCUCCGACUGGUGGUGGGCGUCGCUGUGCGGCCGCGAGGGCUACGUGCCCAACAACUACUUUGGGCUCUUCCCCAAGGUGCGUCCCAAGUGCAUCUCCUGAAAAGAGCAAGUUGAAGGAUAAUUCAGUAUUCAUGUUUUGUUACUGCACUUCAAGUGGGCGGGACUUGUGACUGCAGCCAAUCACGCCUGAGCAAACAGGAAGUAGGUGCAAGUCAGUGGUCAGACUGGAGUUCAAGCUUUAGGAAUAUUUCUCUUUAUUUGUAUAUUUCAUCUGUACUUUGUGAAAAUACUUAUGUCAUUUAUAUUAUAUUUCAUAUUUACUCUUCAAGAA